UACACAAAUCCACGAGAGAAGGAUCAGCAUAGAUCCGCAAACUGAGAUUUGAGAAAAUCCACCAAAUACGUGAUCUAAUAACUCGUGAUUGCAAACAUUACCAGGCCUGAUACAUGAUCCAGGAUAUCUUAAUUGCCUCCUCGAAUUAGCAUUCUUGCUUCACGUGCAAAUGUGACAUUAGAAAAGUGACGUUUUAAAAGUGUGAGAGCUGUAUGAGGUUGAAAGGGGUGAGAGUGUUAGAUUCAGAAAAAUGUAGCUUUUAAUUUCGACAAAGGUAUUAUAUAUAUAUACACAAUUCCGUGUUUACCAGUGAAUAGACUCCAUUAAAGCCCGGGAAAUGCAUAAAUUCUACUGGAAUAAUGCCCGUGGGGGCAAUGAGGGGUCUCCAAGGGGCUACCAGGACCAGGGGCCACACAGGCCCUACCAGGCAGAGAGAGGGGUUAUCCCUGGCCCCAGGGGCUAUCAACAAGAAGGAGGUUACCCAGAAAGAUUUCAGAAUGAUCGGAUGGUACAACGUGAAUACAUGCACAGCGGCGAUCCGGUACACUUGUACAACGAACCACCGUACCGGCACUCCCAGCCAGGCAGUGGGUACAACGGGGCAGUGAUCGAAAACUCCGGUACUGUACGCGUAUCUGUGACAGCUGACAACAGCUGUCGAACAGACAGGCAGCAGGAGAAACAGACGUGUGGUAUUCAAUCGCUUGCAAUGAUAAUUUGA